AUGUUUUAUUACCACUUAAAAUUUGAAUUAUACGUUCCAAUACAAGAAAAUUAUAACAAAAUUGAUAACAUUAAUAGCGUUAACAAGCAAUUACAAUCAAAAAAGCCAAAGAGACAUAUAAUAAAACAAUCUGAAUUAUAUUACGUCCCAACAGAUCUUUUUGCCUCGCUUCCUGUCCAUUCAAAGUCAUAUAACAGCAACAAUAAUAAUAGUAGUUCGCGUGAAGAAGCUUUCAAUUCGAAAAACAAAGAAAAAUCAAGAGAAUCAGCCUCAUUUUCUAAACCCCGUACUCCUGUAGUAGCCGAAAAAUUGCCAGCAAUACCACCAACUCCAGUUCCUGACCUUAACAAGGGUGAUCUAAGUAAAAGCCGAGCUUCAGAGUGGAAAUCCAUCGGGAAGUGGGGAACAACAGCUGUUCUUUCUUCUGUUCCAGCAAAUAAUUCCCCUGAAACCAAAUCGCUUGAUAAAACCAAAGAUUUUCGAUUUGGUGCGAUAUUUUUAGAGUGGUUUACCGAAAAAAGCCUAAAAAUGAGCGAAGAGCAAGAACAUCCCACGAAAACUAUACCGCAAAAUUCAACUGGACAAAGUUCAGACAGUUUACCGCCUUCGAAUUCUACAGCACACCCAACUAGUUCUACACUUGCAGAAAUAAAUGGUCAAAACCCCAAAAAUGUAACUAGCUCCAUUACAAGACCGGUAGCACAAUUUUUGCCAAUCGAACCGAAUAGAACGAAUCUUGGCUAUGGGAUAUUACACUUGUAUCGUGAUCCAAAAGAAAUCCCACAGUCAAACGAAACAAAUUCCUCUUCUCAGGAGACGAUAGGAAUUAAUGGCAAACAGGUUUCUAAUUCGGGAGCAAGUGGCAACGAAUCCUUUAAUCUAGAAUUAAAUGGGCAGAAUCUGGAUUUGAGUGAUAAAACAAUAUUGGCUGUAUUAGCUGUGCCAGUUUCUUUUAGUGCGUCUGAUUUCUUAGGAUUUGUCGCACCAGUGCGAAAAUUUGUCAGCCAUUUUAGGAUGAUUAGGGAUUCAGCAUUAAAUAAAUAUAUGGUUUUGAUGAAAUUCCGAACUGCGCGUUCUGCCAAUGAUUUUUAUAAUAAUUAUAACGGACGUGCGUUUACUUCAAUGGAGCCCGAAAUAUGUCAUGUGGUUUAUAUUAAGUCGAUCGAAUUCAAACCAACUUCCACUCCAGCAAAUGAAUUUUCAUUUCAACAUGAUCCUUUUUUAUCAUCGCUACAACAAACAGACACCAAUUCCAUGCUGCAUGAGCUUCCCACAUGUCCUGUCUGUUUGGAAAGAAUGGACUCUAAUGCAACAGGACUGCUGACUAUUCAAUGUCAACAUACUUUCCAUUGUAAAUGUUUGAGUAAAUGGGGUGAUAGUAGUUGUCCGGUUUGUCGGUAUAGUCAAAAACGGGAAACUCUCGAAUUCUCGCAAAAUGAAUGCGGUGUUUGCGGUUCUACGGAAUCAUUAUGGAUGUGCAUCUUGUGCGGAAACGUUGGAUGUGGACGUUAUCAAGGUGCACAUGCUUAUUAUCACUAUAAAGAGACUCCAACACAUUUAUAUGCUAUUGAAUUAGAAACACAAAGAGUAUGGGAUUAUGCUGGAGAUGGAUAUGUUCAUCGGUUAAUUCAAAAUAAAUCGGAUGGGAAACUAGUCGAGCUUCCAAGUCCGAACGCGCCCGCACUAAUGCAAAGUCAAUCUGUUGUAAAUCAAGAUAAAGUGGACCAAAUCGAAUUAGAAUAUAGUCACCUUCUUACAACACAGCUUUCAUCACAGAGAACUUUUUACGAAGAAAAACAUUCUACAUUCACGCUUCAAUUGUCAUCAUUAAGUAGUCAGGUUCAAAAGUUAACAGAUGAAGUUGCCAAUUUGAAACUCGACAAUGAAAAAUUAAAAAACGAAAAAGAAUUACUCGAGACCCAACAAAUACCAAAUCUAUUAAAAGAGAAAAUUGCAAUCGAAAAAAAAUUAGUAAAAUCCCGAGAAAGGAUUGAUAAAGUCGAAAAAGAAUGGAAAGAGGAGAAAGAGAUGGGGAGAUCUUUAGCUGCAAAUCAGCAGCACCUUCAGGAACAACUCGCAGCUAAAGAUACAAUAAUCCAAGAUUUGGAGGAACAAGUAAAAGAUUUAAUGUUCAGUUUAGCUUAUCAAGAUAAAAUGAAAGAGAAUCCAGAAUUAGCAGGUGGACAGAUAGUUGUUGCUGAGAAUAGCAAUACUGCUGUGACUGGUGGGCAAGAUGAAAAAAUGGGAGAAGUAAGUGUUAGUAGUGUAUUGGGUCCAGUUUGGUUCUUGUUUGACGUAUUCGUUGGAGCAAUACAACUCUUAAAACCAAUAUUUUCAAUAACACUCGCAAUUUUCAUCGCAUGGUCCUCAUUAAACUUUGUCUCUCACACAUUUCAAAACGACGUCACACUAUUCGUAUGUCGUUUCCCAUUCUCAAGCAUUGUCCCAUUAUGUCAAUCGCCGAUUCCUGAUUUCUCGCGUCUAGUAACACGACAAGUAGAAACCUACGAGCAAAUAAUGGAUCAAACAAUGUCCCAGUCGGGAUUGACCUCUUCAUUGGCACUAGAUAUUAAGAAAGCAGAAUUAGCAACCGGAGAUCUUCGUACUUUGGUAAAGUAUUCAUCAUUGACUUGUGCACCAGAGUUGGUGGAUCGGUUGAAUGAAUUUGUGGAUAAGUCACGUGUGGUGGGUAGAAAUUUGCAAGUGCUGCAGGCUCGUACAAGGUCUUCCGUGGAUAAUCUGAUUACGUAUAAUUUAUUUGCGCUGAAAGCGUUAGAAAAUGUUCGAGAUCAUAAAGUUAGUUCAAAAGAAUUGGCUCAGGCUUAUGAUCAGAUGAUGGGAUUAAUGGAGGGGGAUCUGAAGCGUAUGAUUCUUGUUGGACAAGAGAUUCUCGGAAGUCUCACCGAUCUUGACGCAAUGCUCGCCGGAAUCCACGAAUUGACCGCACAAGAAGCCUCACUGCAAAAAUUCGAGCGUCAUAAACUAUUGGCCGAAUUAUGGUCUUAUCUAGGAGGCAAUCGCGUCAGAAGACACAUAUUCCAAGAAAAUCUACAACUGCUUCAAGAUUUAGACAAACAACGACGUCAUGCAGUCGCACAAAUACAAACAACUCUCUACAGUUUGACUUCAUUUCAACUAGAUCUCGAAGAAUUACGCGAACAGGUUCUGAAACCUUCGUUAAUUAAUAUGCCAAUCGAGGUUCAUAUAGAGAAUGUAGGAAAGGGAAUUGAACGAUUAAAGAGUAGUAAAGUGGCUAUUAAAAGUAUGGACAAUGAGCCGGCAAAGCAAAAGAGUAUUGAUACAUGA